AUGAUUCCGAGCGAAGCUUCUCAAACGAGAUCCGUAGUUCAAACAAACUCUACGGUUGACGAAGAAUCACCUCUCCUCCGCAACGAUCAGACCAAAAGCCUCCCUAGACAAUUCUCCGAUAAUGUCGCCAUUGACAACGAACCCUCAAAUGGAUACCUCAUUCUCGUUCUUGGAAGUGUCUAUAUUGGUGUCUUCCUGGCUGCCCUCGACACCACCAUCGUGGCCACUCUCUCCGUUCCCAUCUCCAACAACUUUGAAUCUCUACAUCUCCUCUCGUGGCUUGGUUCAUCGUACCUUAUCGCCAGCGCGGCAUGCCAACCUCUCUCCGGUCGGCUGACUGAUAUCUUCUCACGUCGAUCCGGACUCAUUGUUUCUAAUAUACUCUUCGCCACGGGGAACUUAAUGUGUGGUCUGGCCACGUCCGAGUGGACUAUCUUGGCUGGCCGUGUUGUUGCCGGAAUGGGCGGCGGUGGCUUAAAUGCCAUCAGCGCUUUUGUCGCCAGCGAUCUUGUGCCUCUGAGGAAACGAGGAGUUGUUCAAGGAGCCGGCCACAUCUGUUAUGGCGUCGGAGCGGGACUUGGCGGGCUGUUUGGCGGUUGGGUGAAUGAUAUCUGGGGAUGGAGGACGGCAUUCAGCCGAGUUCCCCUGAUUGCGAUUUCAGGGACACUGGUCGCUUUAACUCUCCGGACACUGCCCAGACCAAAUAGCAAGUCAAGACUAUCGAGGGUAGACUUCUCGGGUGCUUUUACUCUCUGCCUCACCCUAGUUCUACUCCUACUCGGCCUCAACUCGGGUGGGAAUCUCGUUGAGUGGACACAUCCGCUUGUUCUGGUCUCUUUGUCCCUUUCGCUUGCCGCUGCGGCAGUGUUCGUUUGGGUUGAAACAAAAUGGGCCAAAGAACCCAUCAUCCCGAUGCAACUUCUCCUGGAUCGGACCGUUCUGGCGGCCUGUGGAAUGAACUGGCUCAUAACCAUGGUCUUAUUCAUGGCCACGUACUACGUUCCUAUCUUUUUCCAGGUGAAUGGGUCUUCCACCACGGCAUCCGGGCUGCGUCUCCUGCCACAGAGCGUGGGCACCUCAAUAGGCUCGCUUGGAUGUGGCUUCGUCAUGAAGCGUACAGGCAAAUACUACACCUUGGCCCUCAUCGUCGUUGCCUGCUCUGUCCUUGGAUUCGCUGGCCUUGGCACCAUGACUUUUGACACACCUACCCUUCCGGCCUUCCUAUACCUCGGCCUAGUUGGAGUAGGCUAUGGUGGUAUGUUGUCUGUAUCACUGAUUGCUACCAUCGCUGCUGUAUCACACCAGGAUCAAGCUGUGGCUACGUCAGCCAUCUAUGCUUUUCGGUCUACCGGCUCCACGAUUGGUGUUACUAUCGCCUCGGCAGUCUACCAAAAUCUGCUCAUGGACGGUUUGCACAAGCGCUUUGAUGGUCGUGAAGGAGCUGCGGAGGUCAUAAACCGCAUUCGUAACUCUUUGGACGAACUAAAGCACCUACCAGAGGGCUGGAGUGAGGGAGUAUAUGCGGCAUUUGGCGUUGCGCUGCGUGCAGUGUUCCUCACCGGGCUGGGCUUUGCAGCGCUAGGACUGCUGACGACAGCUUUUAUGAGGGAGCACAAGUUGCAUAGUACCAUCAGCCGUGAAGAUGAUGAUGAGUAA